GCUGCCGGGCGCCGAGCCCGCCGCGCACUGCUACUGCGGCCACCAGUUUGGCCAGUUCGCGGGGCAGCUGGGCGACGGCGCCGCCAUGUACCUGGGCGAGGUGUGCACGGCCGCCGGCGAGCGCUGGGAGCUGCAGCUCAAGGGCGCCGGCCCCACGCCCUUCUCCAGACAGGCCGACGGCCGCAAAGUCCUGCGGUCGAGCAUCCGCGAGUUCCUGUGCAGCGAAGCAAUGUUCCACCUGGGCAUCCCCACCACGCGGGCCGGGGCCUGCGUCACGUCCCAGUCCACAGUCAUUCGAGACGUCUUCUAUGAUGGUAAUCCAAAAUAUGAGAAGUGCACAGUUGUGCUGCGCAUAGCUUCCACUUUUCUAAGGUUCGGAUCCUUUGAGAUUUUUAAGUCUGCAGAUGAGCACACAGGGCGUGAAGGGCCCAGUGUGGGGAGAAAUGACAUCCGAGUCCAGAUGCUUGACUAUGUGAUCAGCACGUUUUAUCCUGAGAUCCAGGCCGCGCACGCGGAUGACCGUGUGCAGAGGAAUGCCGCCUUCUUCCGGGAGGUGACCCGUCGCACGGCCCGGAUGGUGGCGGAGUGGCAGUGUGUGGGCUUCUGCCACGGCGUGCUCAACACAGACAACAUGAGCAUCGUGGGGCUCACCAUCGACUACGGGCCCUUCGGCUUCCUGGACAGGUACGACCCUGACCACGUGUGCAAUGCUUCCGACAACACUGGGCGCUACGCAUACAGCAAGCAGCCCGACGUUUGCAAGUGGAACCUGCAGAAGCUGGCGGAGGCCCUGGAGCCCGAGCUGCCCCGCGAGCGGGGCGAGACCAUCCUGGCCGAGGAGUUCGACCCGGAGUUCCGCCAGCACUACCUGCAGAAGAUGCGCAGGAAGCUGGGCCUGGUGCGCGCCGAGCUGGACGAGGACGGGGCGCUGGUGGCCAAGCUCCUGGAGACCAUGCACCUGACUGGGGCCGACUUCACAAACACCUUCUACUUGCUGAGCUCCUUCCCAGUUGGGCCAGAGUCCCUGGGCCUGCCUGAGUUCCUGGCCGCGCUGACCGCACAGUGUGCCUCCCUGGAGGAGCUGAAGCUCGCCUUCCGACCCCAGAUGGAUCCCCGGCAGCUCUCGAUGAUGCUGAUGCUGGCACAGUCCAACCCCCAGCUCUUCGCGCUCAUCGGCACCCGGGCGAACGUGACGAAGGAGCUAGAACGCGUGGAGCAGCAUUCGCGGCUGGAGCAGCUGAGCCCGGCUGAGCUGCUGAGCAAGAACAGGGGCCACUGGGCUGACUGGCUCCAGGAGUAUGGAGCCCGGCUGGAGAAGGACAGGGAGGGCGUCAGCGACAAGGAUGCCUGGCAGGCUGAGCGCACGCGCGUCAUGCAUGCCAACAACCCCAAGUACGUCCUGCGGAACUACAUCGCCCAGAAUGCCAUCGAGGCCGCCGAGAACGGAGACUUCUCAGAGGUGCGGCGGGUGCUGAAGCUACUGGAAACCCCUUACCACAGGGACGGGGAGGCCACCGAGGACCUGGAGGCCACUGAGCCUGAGGGGGCUGGCGGGGCAGACAGUGGGGGGCACUCCUACAGCAGCAAGCCCCCACUGUGGGCAGCCGAACUGUGCGUGACGUGAUCCUCGUAAUGGCCUUGGAGGCCUCCACAUGUGGAGCCCCCAAGGCCCCGAGUCCCACCGAGUCCUUGAGACGGUGCCACCCUGUGGACAAACCCACCCCCGUCUCUCCAUGACGGCCGAGACGUCCAGUCAGGACCUGACCUGUCUCUGUCUGACGCAGACUCAGCAGCCCAGCCCCACGCUCAGAGACGCGGCCCCCCAAAUAAACCAGCAGCUUCCCUGGCC